AUGGAGCGCCGACGCGUGCCCACGUCUCCUCCGCGCCCCCCGAAGGCCGACGCAGAGCUGGACCUGCUGCUGGACCAAGACGAGCUGGACGACGCCGCCUUCGACCGCCUGCUCGCCAGCCGCACGUCCCCCAAGCACACGAGCGGCAUGAAGCGACUGCUGCACAAGCCGCAGCAGAAGAAGGCGCUGCAAUUGCUAUCCACGGCGCGGCGCGAUGGGGCAAAACUCUGCCUAAAAAUCUGCAGCGUCUGGAUUUUAUCCGCGCUGCUGUGGGUCCGCUGGCCGAUUUACUACCGCACGCUCUUCCCGGCGCUGGAGACCAAGUUCGGCGACAAAUUCGAAGUGGAGCCCGCCGUUGUCACGUUUGCCAUUGUGUUGCCGUUCCUUUUGGCGGGGACGGUCUUCUAUUGGAAGCAAUCCACCGUUGGGUCCAUGGUUAGGUGGGGUCGGCAACUGAGACUGGUGAAAUGGGUGCAAACUCACCCAAGUAUCGGCAAAAGUGUCGGCUUUGACGCAGUGGACGUGGUGCUUGUCGGCGGAUUUUUGCUGCUGCAACUUAACCUCGUGGUGGGCAAACUGCUUAUCGACAAGGAAAGCGGCAAAUUGGCCAAAGCGGGCUUUUUGCCCCGGACAGCGCGCGCGUUCGGCAUGAACGGGCUGUAUGCCAUGAUUUUAUCCGUCAUCCUCGUGGCGCGCCAGUCGUUUUUGCACAAGUUUUUCGGUCUGUCCGGUGAGCGCGCGGCGCGGUACCAUGUUCUAACGGGACAGUUCGGAUUCAUCAUGUUGAUGUUGCACGGCGUGCUGUACCUGUAUGUGUGGUACAUGCAAGGCAAGGUAGAGCAAAUGUUGUUCCCGUGUUUGGACGAGAGUUGCACGCCUAAACAGCGCUACGGGUCGACCCGCAACUUUUUCGGAGCAGUGGCGAUAUGGCCCUUGAUAAUUGUUGCCGUGUCUUCGAUGGAGUGGGUGCGACGCAGGUUUUUCCGACGAUUCGUGAUGCUGCACUGCUUAAGUGCAAUUUUUGUGGUGUUUACGGGGCUGCACUACUACCCCGCAGUGUUCUGGUUGGUGCCGGCAAUUGUGGUGUACGGAAUCUACCGAGCGGUCUCCGCUUUCGGGCGCGGAAAAGCAACUGUGGUGUCGGCAACGGCAAUGAGCAACAAGGUUUUCCAAUUGGAACUGCGGCGGUCGACUACCGAGGGAUCAGAUUUUCUGCCAGGACAAUAUGUGUAUAUCAAGGUGGACGCGAUCGGAAACGAGUGGCAUCCGUUCACCAUCAGCUCCAGCCCACUACGCAACCGCCACUCGUUCAUGCUGGACGCCAAGGUGCAAGGGCCCUUCACGUCGCGAUUGCUGCCUCUCAUGAAGUCGCAGAAGUUGAACUCCGUCCACGUUGACGGCUACUACGGGUCCGAGAUCAAGCUGGCUCCGCAUAUGGUGUUUGUGGCUGGAGGCAGCGGCAUCACCCCGUUCUUGAGCGUUCUGGAUCACUUGAAGGCUUUGGCGGAUGCGAGUGACCGUGAUGAGGUUGCAGCUGACGACUCGGGGCUGCCACGCACGUUGUGGAUCAUCUGGACGUGCCGCGAUAUGGAGUUCUUGGAGGCACACGCAGAGUUGCUGGAUGCGGUAAAACGGUGUUCACUGUGGAAGUGCAAAGUGUGGUUGCACCUCACACAUGCUGGAAAUGGUGAUAGUGAAUACGACAACGAAGAUGACGAUGCCCAAACGGAACCGGACGACAUGUCGGAGGAAGCCUCGCCUCGAGUUCAGCGCUUCUAUCCGUCUUCGUUGGAGCGCCAUGCGUUUUCAGGGCAUGGCUACAUGUUCGGGCUGCCGGUGUUCGUGGGUGCUGCUCUGGGUUGUGUGAUGAUGAUGGUGUGGAUGUUCCGCAUGGAGGAAUUCACGGCCAAAUCGUUCAUGAGACGCACGCUACUCCUGGGCGCAGGUGCUUUCGGAGCAGUACUCGGAGCUAGUAUGGUGCUGUACUUGCUGAAGCGCAAGAACUCCCGCAAAGACGACGAUGGGAGCAUGGGCCUUGCAAUGGGCGAAAUGGAAGUUGCUGGUCUGGACAUCUCCAGCCCUGCACCGCCUGCCACGCCACGUUCGUUGCCAACCCCCGCGCAAUCCCUGCUCAGUCGCAACUUUUUGAUUGAGAAGGAGCGCCCAGACUUGGGUGCGCGAUUACGCGAUGUUCACGGCGAGAUUCGCGAAAACUAUGGCAUGGGAGCUGAUGUGGCGUUGCUCGUGAGCGGCCCCGCAGCUUUGCAGGCUGACGCACUGUUGCAAGCGCGCGAGCUGCAAGCACCAACGUUCCAGAUGCAUCAGAAAUCCUUCCUGUUGUAA